CACCGCAACCAGCGUCCAGAUUUGCGCCACGGAUUCGUUUAAUCACCACGCAUCAAUUACUGUGCCGAUCCGCAUUAGGCUCUGCAACUCCGAUUCCACUCUGCGCAGAUCAACUCUCAAGGGUGCCUAUCGAUGGAUCGAUGGAUCGGUGGAUCACCUUAAGGAUGCAAGUUCUCGGUUGAAAGUUGGAUUAAGCUGGUGGCGGAUUCAAGUUCAGGAGCGAAACGGCACAGCGAUGAGUGCCUGAUUUUCGUUUUUUUGUGUUAACAUUUUUGUUUUUGUAACGACUGAGUCGAGAAGAGAAGCAAUCGUCAGCUUUUAGAGGAAUUGUCGGCUUUGAGGAGCAAGAGUCGUUGACAACGUCUGUAAGCGAAAGUCGAUCGUGUCGCACAGUGUGGAAGCUGGUGUGGGAUCAAUGUAGAGGGCUAGUAGACGGAGAUGGGGGAGAUGGGGCGGUCGGAGUUGACUCCGUGAGUGUGUAUAGCGUAGUUUUUUUUUUUACUGUGCCGUGAAUGAAGUUGACAGCCCUAGUUAACUUCCACUCCUGGGCGAAUCGACGGCUGCGCCUUAAUGCAGCGCGGCUGGGAGUUUCCGUGCACGGUGACGCUGGUUUUUGCAACUGGGGUGUAGAUGGGUGCCCUCGUGGUUUGAGCUGAUUACGUUUUUCGAUUGCCGCUUCAAUGUAGUAGCCACAGGAAGCACGUUGGCAGUCGUUUUGUGCAGUUGAUGAAUGGUGUAGGGGUCGACUUCUUCCACGUGAUGAAAGAUGUCAACCGACUGAAUGUAGUUGGUGUUGGCUUAGCUAUUUGUGAGAGUCUCGAUCACGCGCUUCUCGUCUUGUGAGUUUGGUCUUCGGUGCUGUUAUUGCCUCCUCUUGUGAUUCAAUCUCUACAGGAGCUCUCUGGCGCGAGGCUUAUACGGUGAAGUUAUUACGGUUUUGUUCCCAAGCGUGGAGCAUGGCCGAUUAUCUCGGGGCUGAGCUUAAUGGCACCACUCACCUUGAUACUCGCUAUCCGUUUCACUAAAAACCGGAGUAAUCGGUGUCAGUGUCUGGCUGUGUCCCAGCGGCCCACUCUCACGAAUUAGCACCGCAUCUUUUUACUCUCUUUGCAUUUCAUACCCUCUACCCCAAAUAGACGUUUUGCAUUUCUUCGGUGCUUAUUUACGCCAUAGCCCGAAGACCCUGCUCGACCAGGGAAUGGUCGUGUGGAGGCUUCCUUUUGGUUCUUCCUGUUGCAAAUCGUACUGCGGGGGCUAGACUGAAGGAAUGCCGUCAAUGGCUUCCUGUUGUCCUCGCGGAUACUCCAAUACUUCGAAUGUGCGAAACCACUUUCAGACUUGGCUAAAAGGUUCGCUGCCCGACGGUGGUCCAUGGAGACGCUGCCACUUCGGCACUUGCGCAGAGUAAUGAGCUGGAAGACUGCAAUUGGGUCGACCUCACAGAGCUUGCAGAGUGCACUGGUUGUGAUCAUGGAAUUCUGAGCGCAGUGCAAAGAAAGCAAGCUCGUGCUCUGGAGCGGGAGCGUAACGGUGAACAUGGGGGAGCCGAGAGCACCUAUGACCUGCCACAAUCUGGGCUCUCCGACUAGGUAUGGAGGCAACAGCUGUGUUAGCGCGUUGCUUCAGUUCUUCGACUGGAAACUUGCCAAGCGCCUCCCUUCCAUCAGGCGGCUACCAUCAAGUAAAUUGGAGAAGGGGAUUGGAAGAUCGAGAAGUUUUCGCAAUGACUGUGGCUCAUGGGCCAAAUCAGCAAUGACUUGCAAUGUGGAGAAUCGAGGAGAUGCAGCAGCGGUAGAGAGCGCUGGCAGCGGUAGAGACCCUCGUGGUAAUACAACUGACGGAGAAAUUGAGGAUGAGAGUAAACGAGGUCCAACUGUGAUUGCUCGUCUCAUGGGAUUAGAAUCCCUGCCAGAUGCCGGGGCUCACCAACCACGUCACCGCCGAAGUCACAGUUACACUGGAGGUGACUCAUCUUGCGCUGGAAACGUGGACAGUGACAGGACGAUUGCUAGCCAUUAUGGAACGCCGUUGGUGGCACUUGAAGACUUGCUCAAGCGGGAUUCUAAUGCAACCACUUUGCGAGAAAGAAUGGUAGGUUCUGCUAGAAUUGAUCAGAAGAAGUACGACAAUCGGUUUACGAAGUCGAAAAGCUCGACAGCAUUAACAGCUCUAGUGCGGGAAAGGCGAGAAGAGUCAUGUGGUACGCCGGGCUACAUUGAUAUCCCUGAAGUGCAGAAUCGUUUUCUGAACACUGUGGCGGAGAGGUCGGCUCUCAAGGACCGAAAACACCCACAUGAGUCUUCUUCGCGGCUUCCAGCGUCACCUCAGUAUCAUCGCACCAGCCCUUUGCGGCCGUCGAAAUUGCAUACUCCACGUCAAUGCCCUGCCAUGAUCAAUCUUGAAGACGAUGGAAAGAUUAUUCCGGAGCUCAGCUUGCCAUCCUCCUCACGGUCUCUAUCUAUUUUGCAAGCUGCUGGAUGGCCUUUAGCUGGGCGGCAGCGUUUCCUUAGUAUCGAUAGUGGCGAGAACGAGAACACUUAUUUCAGGAGCGAUCAAAGUUCGCUGCAUGAGGGUGAGAGUAACUUUAGAUCGGCUUCUCAACCUGCAAGUAAAUUGCUACGAGAAAGACGAAAAGAUGAAUCCACAUGGAGCGGGCGCGAAGGCAGCGAAUCGGCCAACGAGCAGGUAGAAUCAGAUUUGCGAGGUUCGAUUGCACUCGUCCGUAACUCUCAACGAAAGAACCCUCGGAGUGGUGAGGGUAGUAUCGUGAAGAGAGCAGCGGCUUUAGAAAUUCGACUGUUGCAAUCUUUACCGUCCGUAGGUGACAGAGGAAAUAGUCGUAAAUCUGUGAGCUACGACAACAUCAGCUACCAUGAAGACUUCAUUUCAAAGAACAAAAUCUCUCAAAGAACUUCUGCACACAAGGCAGCCCAGAGAAAAUCUCUUGCGAGAGCAUGCUUGUCUAAAACCAUUGUAAACGAUAUCCUCCUCGAAUCUAUUCAGGGAUCUAACGAGGGUAGCCCUCGAAGGUCCAGCUCUGCAUCCGAGGGGUCGUCGUCGUCGUCGUCGUCGUCGUCGUCAUCAUUAGCUCCUCAAAUUUCAAACUUGACAGCGGACGCCGAGCAAACUAGCUCUGUACGAGCUAUAAGAACACCGAAGACAAGGAAAGCAGGGCGCUCAGAUAGUUCCAAGCUUACUUCGUCCAAAGGGAGUGCGCGACCCAAAAAUUCUGUCUGCUGCAUUCGGUCUCCAAAGAUGAGCUUCAAGAAAGAUGAAGAGCUUGCAGAGAAAAAAUCGGACCGGUCAGUUAUGGCACCUUACUGUUACGGGCAACCUUCCCUUGACGGGUACCGUGCUCCAAAGGUUAAAAAAGACCGGGAAACUAACUUCGCUCAAAGAGAGUUUGCAGAUGGAAAUCUUAUCCCCAACUCGUUGAGCGCAGGAACUAAUAACAGCCUUGAUAAACUCAACUCACAAACUCCUGAGAAGGCAAGGGCAAUUGGCAACAAGCAGACGACGAUCAACACCUUGGCAGAGAUUCACGGGAUGAUCAAAACUCCAAUUGGCAGCGCACCCUCGAUUGAGGUUGUAGCACCUUCGGCUAUUGCUCCUUAUGACAGAUUGAAGAUGGGAAAUUCCAAGGAGAUGGCUACUUCACGAAGUGCAGCGAAAAGUGAAGGCUUGAAUGAUGAGAGUGAUGCUUCACCACGUAAUUUCAACAAAAGAUCGCAGGACACUAGAGACCCCAAGCAUGGAAUUGUGCUGAGAGCAACCGAUGUGUUUUCGCCACCUCGUGCUUCGAUCGAUGUAUUUUCUUCACCUCGUUCUUCGAUUGAUUGUAACGAGCCUCAUUAUUCGGCGAUACAUCCGCCGACUAUUGCUUCCUCCGAAGUGGAGCUCCAAGAGUUGGAGUUUGCAGCUGGGCUAGGCGAUUUAAGAUGGGAAGACGACACAUCUGAACAACGAGAUGAGGCAAGGCUUCUGACUGGGGGGUAUUGUGAAAGAAUCACUUGCUCCGGCCCGUCUAUUUCGACCGAGUCUGACAAGGACGACGAAAUAUAUAGAGAUGAAGCUUGGAGCUCAUGCGCAUCCUACAAUCCUGUAGGUUGCGAUUCACCAAAAACGUUCGAGAUUGUGGAGACAGACACAGAACCUGACUUCCAUGAACACAAAGCAGCGGCUGCAGCGUUUGCAAACCGGAAGACUCUUGAGGGUUGUGCGGAGUCAGUGGAUGAGGCUGAGCAACCAAGCCCUGUAUCCAUUCUGAACUCGCCUUUCCAUGACGAAGCUUGCACAACUCCCGAAUCCAGUCAUGCGGACUCCAUGCGGCGGUUCAAUACCGAGGUUUGGGACGAUGAUGGAUUUACAGGCUCCUCACAGAGGUCUAUUGGUGCGGAUUCAGAAAUCACCUCAAGCCUCUCUGCAAUCGAAAGCUCCAGCCUCAGUGAUAAAAUUCAGCAAGCGCUCUUGGACAUAUCCAUGUUUCAGAGCCUUGAAACAUUUACGUUCGAAUACAAGGAACGAAUUACACCGGCUGGUCCUAAAGACGAGAGGGAGUUUGUACGAGAAGUCCUUUCAGCCGCUCACUUCCUCUCCACUCCAGGAUCUUCACCCAACUGGUUUAAUCGAGACUUGGCAAUCGACCCCUCACUGUUUGACAAACUCGAAAGCGGCGACAUUGAUCAUGCAGACAACUCGCUAGGAACAUUAUGUCAAAACGUAGGGGAUGUAAAUAUAUUCCAUACCGCAGGAGGUCUGUGGCGAUCUGAUCGCAAACUCCUCUUCGAUUGUGUAAACGAGGCCUUCGCCCUGACGUUGUGGCACCUCCGCGCUGGCUCGGAGAGGUGGCUACAACAGCUUCUGACCUACAGUCCACGACCUAAGGAACACAUACUCGUAGAGCGAAUCUACAAGCAGAUAGAGGAGUGGCGGAAGUUGACUACGCCUUCGAUCGACCUUCUGAUAAAGAGAGACUUGAGCACGCACCCCGGAUACUGGAAGGAUAUGGGUGCCGAAGUUGCUGAAGUCGGACUCUCCAUCGACAACAUCCUGUGGAAUACCAUCCUCGAAGAGCUUGUUGUCGACAUAGUGUCAACCUGCUAAAUCCUAUUCUGGAACAUAAACAAUUGAUUUGUCUGUACAUGGAAAUACAAAGUUAAGACUGUUGUAUAUAAAGAUUGAUUCCUACUUUUUUAUGUACAAUUUCUUACAAUUC